AUGUCUUACAACUAUAGCCAACAAGGCGACCAUUUUGAUGAUCUCUAUGAUGACCUACAGCAUCGGAAUCAGUACCAGCAACAGGCGGAUGUAGAUCAAACGAGAAACCAACUUUGGUAUCCUCAAAACCGCCAACAUGAAAUGCAACAGGAUCAGCAGCAAGGUCAAUUUACAUACCAAGCCCACCAGCCGCAGCAGUAUUCGUAUCAACAACUUGCUCACCAAACCUUUCAACAGCAUCAGCAGUUGUCAGCCUCGUCACCGUAUACAGAUUUGGGAAAACAACCAAACCAACAUCAUCCACAACAACCUCCCCCACUACCAAUACUGAUGCCAUUGCCAACACCCCCACUACCAAUACCGGUGUCACUGCCAACACCUCCCCCACCAAUUCCGUACCAUCAAAACCAGAAAGACCCACAGCAGCAAUUACCAAUGCCGACUGACCCACGCAAUGGAAGUGCUAGCUCGCAUGCGGGACAGAAGAAGAAAAAGAACAAGAAGAAAAACAACAACAACAACAACAACAACAACAACAACAACAACAACACGAGCCACGACAAAAGGAAGGAGGAGAAGAAGAGGAAAAGAACGGAGAAGAACGCCAAGAGAAAGCUGCUGAGGAAAAAGUGGAAAGCGGAGAAUGCACAUCGAACUCGGGCCAUUAAUCUCAACGUGGACAGUGGCCUUGCCGAAUUUACGAAGGCCUUCAAAAUCGCGGAAUACAACCGAGUUUCGAGAAAGUGCAACAUACGCUUUCCAAUGAUUGAUAAAUAUCAUGACACGAACGACGUUACGCAGAUGGGAAAGAUAUGUCUAGCGUAUCAUUGUUUCGGAGCAUGCAGCCAUAGUCAUAGAAAUGAAUCACAUCGGGAUUUGAGUCCGUCCGAACGGCAACGAUUCUAUGAUUACUUGAAUGAAGUAAAAGCUAAGAUUAUGGAGGAAAAAAGUGUUGGUACGAAAAAGAAAGCCAAAAGUAAUGGGUACGACCCUGAAAUCAUAUUGCCAUCCACUGCAAAAACGACGAUGGGCAGAAUGACGCGCUCCAAAACAAAAGCAAUACGGGAAAUAGAAGCAUCAAUCGAGAGUGACAAACGUAAAGCAGAUGACUCGGGUAUGGACAGCAAACAAUCCGACAGCAACAAGAGGCAACGACUCGAUCUUGAUGAUGAUGGUAUAUUCGCUGACUGUCCUGAUGACGAUGAGAUACAAGUUUUGGGAACAAUAGGGACUCCUGCUACCAAUACGCUAUCUCCUCUUGAUAACGAUGGAACAGCAGUGAAUCCUGUUGACUUGACGGAUUCCAUCACUCCCAUGACCAGAGAGUUGCACACUGGAUUAACUCCCGGGAGCAAGUCUCAAACUGAUUCAAACAAUGAAAACUUGAACUCGAUAAUGGUAUCUUUGUCUAGCUCCCUUGACUUGGAUCAAGGUUCCAACACCACGGCACUGUCGGUUCCAACGGCAUCAUCCGAUGAUGGAAUUAGUGCUGCGCAGACUCAUCAGCAACUUCCAACAGAUACGUUUGAUGCUACGACGGUCGAGGAAGUAACAUCACCAUCUGUUGAUCAAAAUGUUGGCAACAGAUUCAAUACAAAAUUACCAAAGAAACCCACCAAUCCAAGUCAAAUCGAUCGAACAACAGCCCCACAAGAAGAGUCCCAAAAGGAGGUAUUGUCACCCAAUUCAAAAUCGCGACGGUUGAAGAAACUGAAAGCGCAACUUGAACUCGCUAAAAAGCAGCAUGAAUUGGCAAAACUCAAGGAAGGUCUACGAAAGAGGGAUCAUGAGCUCCAAAAGCAGAGGAACAAGGACUGCAUUCGUGCAAAGCCUCUUGCCCCGAUUUCAGCCUUGUCUGCAAGCUUAAUCAUUGAGAAUAUCAACGAGACAGGCCCUGAACACAUGGUAUAUUUCCCAAAUUCUCAACUUGAUAACGAUUUGCAGUUGACGCAAUACAAAGCAAUUUUGUACGGGGACAAGGAGGAGGAGGAGGCAACUGAAGCACUAUCGACCCGUAAGAAGCAGAUUGAACGAGACUUGGCCGUUCUCAAGGAACGAUUGGAGUCAUCCUUUCCAACAGUCGAGGCUGCAUCAAUGAGCAGAGAAGACCUGCAAAGGAAACUAGAAGAAGCUCAAGCAAACAAAGAUAUAUCUUACUGGAAGUUGUUUGUAUCAAAACAGGAACAUAUUUUGUCUAAUGUGGAGAAUCAGAUUAAAGAGAAUUCAGCUUCUUUAAAGCAGUGCACAGAGGAGAUGGAAAACGUGGAACGGGAUUCAAGACAUGCUCUGAAAACAAUGAAGGUAUUGGAAAUACGAGAAGCUACACUCACAGAGAUGGCGGCAAAGUCGAGCUUGAAGAUUCUACAGAUGAGGCAGAGACUACACCAGGGACACACAAAGGAUGAUAGAUGA